UGUACGUGUCAAAACUGCACAAAAUCAACAGAGGUAGUCACUUUGGAUCAGGUUUUGUAAACAGAGUAUCGUAAAUUUUUUGUGUUUUUGGGAGCCCCUAGUUGACUUAAGAAAAUCGAGAUGGCCGACAAUAAUAAGAAGUCAGUUACCGAGGGAAUGAUUCCUGUAUUCCUGGAGAAUGUGGAUGAAAAGGAGCAGGUGCGUCGGAUAAGUGUCUACCUUCAUAACCUGAGAGAUCGGCUGCGAGAGGGCAUCCAACAGCACCAAAUGGUCGUUCAGUCUUCGUUGCAACUACUUAAGGAGGUGGGCGACGUGAAUAACAUGAUGCAGUUGGCGAGGAGUGGCCCCCAGGCGCAGGCAACCAAGAUCCGGCGCCUGAUCAUGGGUUUCGAAACGGCGAAUGCGGCGAACGCGCCGCAGCUCCCCACUGUCGCAGAUAUAAGUUUGCCCUCGGAUUUGUCCGAGAUUCAUGGACUUUUAGUAGAAUUCGAAACCCUGAAUGAGAGCCAAGUUCUGCGGGAGAGCCUACUGAGCUUCAAACGAGCUCGGGAAUCGCUAGAGAAGGUUCUCGGAUUUCUGGAGAAGAUCGGCAACGAAUCUCCAAGGACAUCUCCUAAGGGAAGCCAGCUGUUUAGGAGUCCUAGUGCCAGUCGCAGCCUCCGUGAGAAGAUCGAGGCCUUCAACAAGGUCCUGGAGGCGACCCCCGAGAAGUUGGGCGACACCUGCCGUCACUUCACCGAGUGCUUCUGCAGCUGCUGCAGCCUGGAUGAGUCCCCCGAAUCAGGCGGACGAAAACCCCUCCCUGUCGCCUCGAAAACCAAUUCGGGGUACGAGGGCGACAUCGACAGCGAGGUGGAGCAGGCGGAUAAGUGGACCUCCACGGAGGUCGUUCCCUAAACGGCUGGUAAUGAAGUCACACUAAAAAAGCCAGUCGUGGAAUAAGGGGAUACAAAUUAUAAAGAUUUGGAAGUAACUUUGACUGACUACAAAAAGUUUCAACAUAAAUAUUUUACGCUUUACGGAUAUACAGGACGAUUUUAAAAUCUCUCUCUCAUCUAUAACUCAUAAUAAUAAUGCAUCCCAUCUAAAUUUACAUUUUGUAUGCAGAAUGACUAACCAAAAUAAACGUUAAAUACAACAA